AUGCACUUAUUUAUGGAAUUACCUGUUAGUUUUUUUCAAGCUCUGGUUCACCGCACCAUCAUCCGUGCGUGCAUCGCUCGUCAUUUAUCCCCCUCGUCUCUUCUCCUUAUUCCUUCCCUCUUGCAGCUUACGGCCAGCACGGGGAGCAACAACAGCGCGUCUGGUGCUAUUCCCGCCGCGGAGAGUGCAGCCGAUGUGGGGUCCAGGGGGUUGUCUCAGAGUGUGUCCUUUGCGUUUGAUGCUGCGGGUGCGGGUGGCGUUGCGGGUGCGGGUGUGGCGUCCGGUGUUCCCGGUUCUUCUCACGGCCGCGCUGGCGCCUGGGCCGCGUACAAUCGCUUGGGGAGCAGUGUGGCUGAUGGUAAGGACUUCCCCGGGCAGAUUGGCCCUGCUCGCGCCGGCAGCAGCGGCAGGAUCGGCGGGAUUGAUACACUGUUGAACGGUGGUGCUGGUUACGCUGGGGCGGUUGGGGGCGCGGGGGGAGUGGCGGGGAGCAGCAGCAGCACGGGCCUCGGUUCGAGACUCGCUGCCGUUCCUGCUGCCCACCGAGCAAGUGGUUCUGGAGUGUACUUGCCAGUCAUCGACCGCGUCGCCAAGCUGCCUCUGGGGCGACUGGCGCACAGCAGGGACCAUCUGCUGCAGGUGCACACCAAGGACGCUCGAGUGCUGGUGUACGCUCUGCCCCCUCGCAUCUGCGCACAGGUACCGCCUGUGUUUGACACCAUCAUCCACCUGCUGCCGCGCUCACUGCUCGAGCUGCCAGUCUUUCACGCCCCCCUUGCUGCCCUCACCACGCCCACUGCCGCCACCAGCACCAGCAGCAGCAGAAGCGGCAGCAGCAGCAACAGCAGCAGCGCAGGCAGCAUUGAGGAGGGCGCGUUGUUAUCACCCACAGCACAGCUGUCACAUGGUGCAGGCGCUGCCACUCCUCCUCGUGCCGGCACGCCCCCACUCCCACCUCCUCCUCCUGCAGCAGCAGCAGCAGCAGCGGCUACUGCAGGUGCCGCUGUGCAGGCGGUGGGGGUGCGGGCAGGGCAGGAGGCGGCAGGGGUGGUGAUGGCGGAGUGCAUGCGAGUGCUGGCCAUGCUGCCAGAGCAGUGGCGCCGCCUCUGGCAGAUCAGCCGAGUCAACGCCUCCUAUGCUGCCUGCUCCUCCUACCCACAGCGCCUGCUCCUGCCCUCCUCCAUCAGUGACGAGGACGCCAUGGCAUCUGCUUCCUUCCGAGCCAGAGGCCGCUUCCCUGUCAUGUGCUGGCAGCAUCCAGGCAAUGGUGCUGUGCUCAGCCGGGCAGCACAACCUCUAGUCGGCAUCCUGUCCAAUAAUAGAAGUGAUGCGGAUGAGCGCCUGGUUGCAGCGCUAGCCGGCCCUGCUCUCCCUGGGGAGCCCUUCAGGCGUCUGGUGGUGGCGGAUGCACGGCCGCGCAAGAAUGCCAUAGCCAAUGGGGCCAUGGGCGGGGGCUAUGAGUCAUCUGCCAACUAUCGCGGCACAGAGGUUGUGUAUCUGGGAAUAGACAACAUACAUGCAGUGCGCGACAGCAUGAACCGCUUGAGAGAGUACCUAGACACCCAUGGCUCUGCCUGCUCCGAUGGCUCCUCCUCCCUGCUCAGGAGCGGCACGGGCGGGUGGACGGGCGGGUCGGUGAGUGGCACGUCACAGGUGGUGGCGGCGCUGAUGGACUCGUGCUGGCUGCAGCACUGCCACUCACUGCUGUCCGGUGCCGUCUUCAUCGCUGCGCAGAUCGCCCUGCAGGGCAACUCCGUGCUUGUGCACUGCAGUGACGGGUGGGAUCGCACGCCCUCGCUUGUCUCACUCGCCAUGCUGCUGCUAGACCCCUACUACCGCACCUUCCAAGGCUUCCAGUCGCUAGUGGAGACGCACUGGGCGGCCUUUGGCCAUCCCUUUGCAGACCGCUUGGGCGUGCCAGCAGACCCGCCCACUGUCUCCUCCUCCUCCUCUCGCACCAACCCCGCUCUCUCCCUCGCCGCCGCUGCCGCUGCAAGUCCUGGUGCUAUUGCUGGUGGAGUAGGUGUGGGGUGCGGUGCUGCUGGGUGCGGAGCUCCUGGUCACGGCGUGAAUAGUUCUGCGGGUGCGGUUGCAGCUGCUGCAGCGGCUUCUGCUGCUGCUGCUUCUGCUGCACCUGCUGGGGGUGCCGCUGCCACUGCUGCUGGUGCUGCGGGUACAGCGGGGUAUGCAGGUGCAUCCCUGUCGUCGCUAUCAGCAUCGGGGUUCCCUGUGGCGAGCAGCAGUGUGGCAGGGUCAACCUUCCAGGCCAACAGCAGCAACAACCAGUCGCCCGUGUUCUUCCAGUGGAUUGAUGCCGUGGCACAGCUGCUUCGCCUCUUCCCUCGUGCCUUUGAGUUCUCCACGGCGUUCUUAGUGGAUCUGCUGGACUCUGUGCUCUCAUGCCGCUUUGCCAAUUUCCUCUGCAACAAUGACAAGGAGCGCUCGCUCGCACGCACCUACCACUCCUCCUCCCGCCCCCACCCCUUCCCGCACUCCCAUGCCACCCUCUCGCCCGCAUCCCUUCCUCCUUCAUGUGUCUGGGAACACCUAAGACGCCUGAGGGACCCCUCCUCUCCCUCCUCCUCUCUGUCCUCCUCCGCUGCUGCUGCUGGGGAUGCAGGCAGAGGAAGGCAGAUGGGUGCAUCUGGUGAUGCGGCUGCUGCUCCUUGCUGUCCGUUGAGUCAUCCCCAUGUCAACCCCCUCUACUCUCCCUCUUCCAUCUUCGCUGCCUCUGCUCCUCCGGCUUCUGCUGCUUUUCCUGCUGCUCCUGCCGCCACUGCUGCUGUCUGCACAGCCACAAGCAGCACAGGCAUCACGAGCAGCAGCAUCAGCACCAGAACUCAGGCAGCUAUCCGCCCUACGUCCUGCCCUCCUGUUCAAAUACGCCAAAUGACUCUCUUCCCCCCAUCCCCUCCGUCGCCCGCCAUUCUCCUCCCUCCUGCUGCCUCUCUCGCCCCUGUGCUCCUACCUGAGCUCUACCUCCGCUGGUGCUGCCCUGCUGCUGUUCCCCCCCUCCGCUCCCUCCUCUCUUCCUCGUCCCCUCUUGCUUCCCCGCCUCCUUCUGCUGCUGCUGCGGCUGCUGCUGCUGCUACCGGUGGUGGUGGAGCUGGUAGAAUUGAGUCUGUCAGUGGGAGUGAGUACAUGGCGUCUUCCCUCCUGCUAGACGGAAGGGGUGCAGGUGGAGCAGCGGCAGCCGCCGCAGCAACAGUUUCUCUGCUGUCCUCCAGUUGCCAUGCUGCUGUGCUGCACUCCAGUGCGAAUCACCACCGCCAGCAGCAGCACAACCACCAAUACACCAGCACGCACCAGCAUCACCAGCACCACCAGCAUCAUCAUCACCAGCAUCAGCACCAUCAGCAAAAGCAGCAGCAGGAGCGGAUGGAGGGGUGGGUGGCUCGGGGAGAGCCAGUUCACUGGGACUCCGUUUCUGCUGAGAUUCGGCGCCUCUACCACUCGCACCAACUGAUUGAAGCGGAGUGUGCAGCACUACAGGGUGCAGUGGAGCAGUCACAGCUAGGAAUGCAGCAGCUGCAGCAGGCACUACAGGAGAGCGAGAGCAGGCGAGCAGAGGCCGAGAGGCGCAGGGACGAGGCAGAGCGGGAGAACGCGAGUGCUUCGGGUGCUGCAGCCCCUGAUUCUGUCGAAGCCAGUCAUGCCGUGGGGUUGGGCGAGGCGCUUCGUCUCGACACAGGUAGGAGUAACGGUGCUGGUGGUGGUGCAGUGUCUCCUGCUCCCACCACGCCACCAUUCCUCCCCUUGCACGCUGCUUCCUGGAGCCCUUGCUUUGGGUCGGGAGGGGCAGUCCCCACCUGCCCCAGUUGUGCCCGCCCUCUCAUGGUUGUAGCAGCAGAAGAGACUGAGCUGGAGGAGGGUGGAGCGGGGCGGAAAGCAGGGGGAAGAAUAGGAGGGAUGAGGGGGGAAGGGGUGGAAGAGAGCAGUGCAGCGGCCCGGGAGGAUGGGGAGUGGGAGGAGGCGAUAGAGGGGUGGCAGUACGAGUGCCUAUGGUGUGGCCUGAGUGCUUCUGGCUGUCGCAAGACGUCUGGUAGCUGGACUGCUGCUGCAGAGGUGGAUAAUGCGGAGGUGGGAGUAAGCAGGGGGGAGGAUUUGAGGAAAUUGCUUGACCAGCAAAGUCACCAGGCGCACCAUCGGCAGUUUACAGAAGGUGAAGCUGCGGCGCCGGCCGCUAAGCUGUAUGUGGGUGGUAACCACAGUAACAGCAGCGGCAUGAAUGGCAGUGUGGGCAACUGCCAUGGUGCAGUGUGCUCCAUUCCGGUGCCUGCGUUUGUCCAGGCCGAUUUUGACGCCUUGCGGUGUGGGCCCAUUCCCAAUUAUGUUGGGUCCCUGUCAUCGUCCUCAUCCCACUCUGCUGGCGCGGCUGCAAUGUGA